GGCCAUUUUCGAGGCGGAAGCAGUUUUCGGUCAGCAGAAACAGUUUUGUUUUGGUCCUCCUCCUAGCUAACGUUAGGUAGGUGCUCUGUUUCUACGGCCAUACUGUCACUGACUGCUCAAGGAAAUGAAGAAGUUUUUCGAUGACAUCAAGAGAGACAUUAAAUUUAAAUCCGCGGGACGUGGAAAGAAGCUAACAGAAGAUACCAGUACCAGGCCUGAGGUUUUGCAGAGCAGCUCCAGUGCCAAGCACAACCGCCAUGCUCCCAGCGAAGGAGCCCAGAGGGCAGGAGCCGCAGCUCUGGCCAGGAUCGAACAGCAGUCGCGGCCGAAGGUCCACACUUCUCAGGACGCCAUCAGGAACCAGGUUAAAAGAGAACUGGAGGCAGAGGCGGCUGCAAAGGCUGAAAAAGAUAAGGCAGCUACAGCAGAGGGAUCCAAAGUGCCAGUGAAAGAUCCCGCUUGUCUCUCAGUGUCAGGUGUGUAUUUCACCUGUCCACUAACUGGAGCCACUUUAACUAAGAGUGAGAGGGAAAUACACAUUAAAGAGGCCAUUUUAAUGCUGUUUGAAGAGGAUGCAGUUGAGGCCUCGGUUAUGAUGAUCCACACAUUUAACAAAGACAGAGAGAAAGUGAAGGCUGCUGUGGACAUCAUAAGCAAGUAUGUGGAAAAUAUAUGCAAGUAUCCCACAGAGGAGAAAUACAGGAAGAUUAAAAUCAGCAACAAGGUGUUCCAGGAGAAAGUACGGUCUUUGGAGGGCAGUAGAGAGUUCCUGCAGGCCCUGGGCUUCACAAGCAUUAUGCUUCCUGUAGAGGGUCAAGAGGAGGAAGAGGAGUUCUUGAUGUUACCAGAGCAGAGUCCCGAUGCCCUCGAGUUGAUGAAGGAGAGGAGGGAUCGUCUUCAGAGAGGUGAGCCAGUCAGAGCUCAGCUGGACAGACAGCCUCAGGCUUUCAUACCCUCUCCCAACGCCCAACGCUUCGAGCUGCCGCCAGAAUUCUACAACCUGACAGCAGAGGAGCUCAAGAGGGAGAUACAGCAGAGGAGUGAUUUGGUGGAGAAGAACGCCAUGCUGCGCACAAAAGCCAUGAGGGAGAAAGAGGAGCAGAGGGAGAGACGGAAAUACAACUACACUCUGCUCAGGAUCAGACUGCCUGAUGGAAACCUGCUACAAGGGACCUUUUAUGCGUGGGACCGGCUGCCUGUGUUGUUUGAGUUUGUGCGGGAGUCCCUGGUGGACGGCUGGCAGCCCUUCGAGCUCAUCGCUCCUGGAGGUCAAAAACUACAAGAGGCGGAGGAAGUUGCCCUUGCAGAGCGUAACUUGGUGCCUGCAGCUCUGCUCACAUUUGCCUGGGAUGCAGCUGUGCAGGCAGAUAUUGCAGCUGCAGGUGGAAAGAGCCCCACCCUUCUCAAACCAGAGCUGCUGGAAACCAUUCGGUCCCUGAACUGAGCAGACGUAUUCUGUCCCUGAACUGUCCCUGCUACCUUCCUCCCUGGCACUACAGGGCUGAAAUUGCUCCUUACAAAAGACUAGCAAUGAGUGUAUUUUUACAAAUGCUAACUUAAGUCAAUAGCAGUGAUAUACAAGGCGCAACUUCCCCCUAAUGCGCUUGUUUUGCUGAGCAUACCCUUGUUUUGCUGUGGGGUUAAUGUCACCCUGCAGUCUAUCUCAGCAACACAUUGUGUUGAAAGAGGUACCACUAACAGAUUUAAGGCGAAAGCAAGGGACAAGUGUUGUUUUGUGAUGCAUCCUGAAUGUACAUGCUGUGUAGUAAACACUCUGUCGCAGCAGUCCUCUGUGCUCUACCCUGCAGUCAACCAGUCAGGUAUACUUCACAUGGCAUGUUGGGAGACCUUGUUUUAACUGUGUCACCACUUCCUUUUUUUUUUUUUGGCUUACAUAGCUGUUGCAUUAAGAUAGUGGACACCUCUGACUGCACAGUCACAUAGAAGAAAAUCAAGAAUACUGAGGCAAGUAAAUCUGGUCAGAUACUAUACGUCGUAAGCAUCUCAGCUCCUACAGUAGCUCCUCUGAUUUCAAAAGCUGCUGGAUGUCAGUGCAGUGGCUUUACUUUAAAUGCUUCAAGUUUUGUGUGACAGUGUUCAAGGUUAACUCAGUCUUUUGUCUGUCAACUGAUGGUCGACUGGUCUGAUUUGGUGCGAUAUGAGUCUGGCUCUGUUGCUGUAAACUUAAGAUAAGCCUCUGUUGGUCAUUUGUCCUCUGCUCUGCAGUGGCCUUGCACUCCAUAGUAUUGUACAACAGGCUAUUGUGGUAGCUUAAAUAAUUAAAACUUCAAAUGUAAUGAGUUUUAUAUGUAUGAGCACGAGCCCAGAUCAUGAAUCAUAAAUCAAACAUGUUUUUCUGGAUAGUUUGAGUUAAAACAGAGGUCCAAAGCUAAGGCAAAUAUUUACAGAUGAGGUCCCCAAUGUACCAAGUUUUAUUAGAAUGUUAGCCUUAUACUGUCAGUUCUAAUACAAAAAUAUGUUUUCAUGUAUUUUACCAGUUUUAAGCACUUUUAAAGAUUAUUUUAAACUUUAUAAAACACUAGGCGUAGAGAGCCCUGGAUGUGAAACUACAACUACUCACUAAAGUGAUAAAUGGUUGAACUAUAGAGGCUCACUGCACAAACAUUAUGUAACCAACUUGCUCUGGCAUGAAGACUGAAGUUUCAAAUUUACACCAAAUGUGUAUUAAACGUUUUAGAUCCACCUUUUUUGGAAACAGGUCAUUGAAAGUUAACACAUUUGUUUUGGCAGUAUUUUUUGCUGUAUGAAUAUAUAUACCAGGUUAUCAAAUCUGUAAAAGCAAAUUAUAGUUUCUCCUGCUUGUGGUUGGUUAAGAUGACAACAACCUACCUCUCACCACUCAUCUAAUACAUCCCAAGUCAGUUGUACACAAACAUGUAAUGACAGAUCUUGGAAGUUGUGGGGUUGUUUUGUUUUUUUUGUUUUUUGGGGGUUGUCACCACCUUAAACCUGUACCGAUAUCAGUUGCACACCAAACACACAAUAACUUGUAACUGCUGCAUGUUAGGAAACAAGUUGAUUUCAAGUAUCUGUCAUGCAGAAUUUGAUACAGUCCUAGCAUUUAUAAAGCCAGGUCAGCCAUAAGCAACAUUUCUGCACUGCACAGGUAUUCAAUGGAAGGGUGAAAAUGUGUGUUGUAACCUUCUUAAAAAUUAGUGAGCAGUAGUGAUCUUUUCAGAUGUUUGGAGUUGUGUUCUGUUGCUUUUUAACCUGCCUGUAAUAAAGAAAGCUUGCACUGCGUCUAUACUUUUGUUUAAUAGACACAACUGGGAGGCAAGUGUGUACCUAAAGGGAAGCUACUUUACCACUACUAACACAUGACUAACUAUACAUGACAUACUGUGUAUACAACAGUUACAAUGCUGAAGUCCCUAAAAAGCUAAUCCCUUUAAAACACCAAAUUAAACAGCUGAGGAUUUUGUGAAUGUCUGACAACUUAAAUGUGAACAUGUAAUUUUAAAAGUAACAGAUGGCUUUUUUGGCUACUCCACCUCAAAUGUUAAUCAAAACAAGUCACUGGACCAGAAUGGUAAUACACUGCCCCUUUUAGAAAAAAGUGUUCACCCCCAUCUGACUCUGUUUUGUUAUUUAACAGUGAAUGAAUCGCAGAUGUAAUUCAGCUUGCCGAUCAGUGAUUAAAAA